AUGGGCUUCAGAUUCUUGGAUAUUGUGAAGCCAUUCUCUCACCUCAUUCCAGAGGUGGCUCAACCAGAUAGAAAGAUUCCAUUCCGUGAGAAGGUUCUAUGGACGGCAAUGUGUUUGUUUGUGUACUUGGUGUGCAGUCAGGUGCCACUGUACGGUAUUAGAUCGAAUGAUUCCUCUGAUCCAUUCUACUGGAUGAAGGUUAUCAUGGCCUCGAACAGAGGUACUCUUAUGGAGUUGGGUAUUGGACCAAUCGUCACAUCUGGCAUGGUCAUUCAAUUGUUGGCCGGUGCCAAGCUUAUCGAAGUCGAUCAGUCCGUCAAGGAGGAUCGUGAUCUCUUCUCUGCCGCUCAAAAGUUGUUCGGUAUGUUGAUCUGUAUUGGACAAGGAACAGCUUACAUUUGGUCUGGAACGUACGGUGACCCCGCCACUUUGGGCUUUGGUAACGCUUUGCUCAUUAUUCUGCAGUUGUUCUUUGCCGGCAUUAUUGUUAUGUUGCUGGACGAGUUGCUCCAGAAGGGCUACGGCAUUGGAUCAGGUAUCUCAUUGUUCAUCGCCACUAACAUCUGUGAGAGCAUCAUUUGGAAGACAUUCUCGCCAACCACCAUCAACACUGGCCGUGGCACCGAGUUUGAGGGCGCCAUCAUUGCCCUCUUCCACCUGCUGUUGACCCGUACCGACAAGGUCCGUGCCCUGAAGGAGGCCUUCUACAGACAGAACCUGCCCAACGUCACCAACUUGAUGGCCACCAUCUUUAUCUUCUUGGUCGUCAUCUACUUCCAGGGAUUCCGUGUCGACCUCCCAGUCAAGAGCUCCCGCGUCCGUGGCCAGUCUGGCUCAUACCCAAUCAAGCUGUUCUACACCUCGAACAUCCCAAUCAUCCUGCAGUCGGCCUUGGUCAGCAACCUCUACUUUGUGUCGCAGCUGUUGUACCGCCGUUUCCCCGAGAACAUCCUGAUCAACUUGAUUGGCUCGUGGAGAAUGACCGACUAUGGUGGAAUGAUCCCAACCGGAGGUAUCACCUACUACAUCUCGCCCCCACACAACAUGUCUGCCGUCGUGGCCGACCCCAUGCACGCACUGUGCUACAUCGUCUUCAUGCUGACCUCUUGUGCUCUGUUCUCCAAGGUCUGGAUCGAGGUCAGUGGCUCAUCAGCCCGUGACGUUGCCAAGCAGCUGCGCGACCAACAGAUGACCAUCAAGGGUUACCGUGACUCCAUGUUGGUCAAGGAGUUGAACCGUUACAUCCCCACCGCCGCCGCCUUUGGAGGUCUUUGCAUUGGUGCCUUGACCGUCAUUGCCGACUUUAUGGGUGCCAUCGGAUCCGGUACCGGUAUCCUCUUGGCCGUCACCAUCAUCUACCAAUACUUUGAGACAUUCGUCAAGGAGCAGCAAGACUUUGGUGGAUUGGCUGGUUUGUUCUAA